AAUAUUUAUAAUUUUAACCUGUUAACCAGUGAAGACAAAAGUAAUUUAUCACAAUAAUUUCUUUUUUCUUCUGACAAAUUAAUAUAUAGAUAAUUUGUUAGUGCUGCAAUUGAAAAAAAAAACAUAUUUCCCAAUUCUUUAUUUAACGGUUUAUCCAAAAUUUUUAUCUAUAUCUUAACCAGUUCAUUUAUAUUUGCUGUUCAAUCGUAGUUUUUUUUCCUGGUUAACAGGUAAAAUAUUCAAUUUUUAAAUGAAGUUAAAUAAUAACAUUCUUUUUUAUGCAUCCUUCCUUGUCGACGAAUCUUUAAUUAACAACUUGUAUUUUAGAUUUUAAUGUUAUGAAGAUCAUUAGUCAAUCAGUAUGAGUAAGACACCUGUUUCAAUACUACAAGAAAUGAUGGUGAAAAUGCAAAUGAUACCAAAUUAUGAAUUAAUACAUGAUGGUGGAGGCACACACGUGAAUACUUUCACUUAUCGUGUUACUUGUGAAGGACUUAGUGCAACAGGUACUGGACGUAGUAAAAAAGAUGCAAAACAUGAGGCUGCAAAAGCUAUGCUUGAGAAAAUAGCAGCUCAUAGAGCUUAUCCUCAACUACCAGCUUCCCCAGCACAAUCUCCCAUAAAAACAUGUAUACCAACAGUUAUACCAGCUUCUCCAAGAAUUCCACCAAAUGAGCCUUUUGUAAAUGCAAUAGGUGCUUUACAGACAUUGUGUGCAGAAAAUAAUUUGCAGGAACCAGAGUAUAUACCUAUCAAUGAUGAAGGUCCACCACAUGCAAGAAUUUUUACUUAUCAAUGUGUACUUUCAACAUUUAAAGAAGAAGGAAUUGCUACUACAAAAAAACAAGCAAAACAUGAGGCAGCUAAAAAAAUGUUAAAUCGUAUAAAAGAGCUUGUUUCUGUUAAUUAUCCAGAAUUUUUGGAUAAUGAUGAACAAAGCCAACUUAAAAUAAAUGAUAUGAUAAGCAAUUCUAUUGCUGAAGCACGUUAUCCUCAGUUAAAUAGGUUUUCAUCUAAGAAAGUAAAUUUAGGUCUUAAAAUUUCUGACUAUCAUAUAAAAUUGAAAAAUUCUUUUAUGACGAUACGCCAAGAAUUAUUAACAAAUUUACAGUCAAUUAGACAUGAUACAAGUGAUUACAAUAUGGUAAACACUAUUUUAUAUAGAUUACAAGAAAUUUUGACACCAUUAGCUAUACAAGUGACCAUAACAUUGUUAAAUUCUAUAAAUCCAGAUAUUUUUGUUGUUAGUAUAGAAACUGAUACUUCUCCGUCUAUUGUACAAUGUAGUUCAGGGACAACUAAAAAAGAAGCUGAAUAUAAAGCAGUUCUUAAUUUAAUAGAUUCGAUUAUAUUACUCUUAAAAUAACAUGUUUUGUAUGUAUAUAUGCUUUAUAUACUAGUAGAACAUAACAAACUGAAAUUUAUAUAUUUUCUACUUGCUAAAAGAUGUUUAAAAAUCGAAAAAAACAAAGUAGUUAACUCAGAGAUAUUAUAGUUAUUAUAGAGUUAGCAUAGAGAUAUUAUUAAGUUAACACUUCAUUUCUUAA